ACUAAAACACGUCACAUGUUACCAAUCGAAACGGGGAAGGCUUUGGCGCUUUCAACGACCUUACCCGCCCAUUUCAAUCUCAAACUGCAUGUUUGCUCAAGUGUCGUACAACGGGUGCGGCAGGAUGAUCUGGAUCAUUCGUGGCGUUGGCAGAGGAACAAUUUCAUACCAGUGCUAUAUAAAGAUGCUUCCUUCGUGAUUCAAUCAUUACAUUCGCUUUGUGAUCUACAGUGUAGUGACAUUGACACGCUUGCAGGAAAAAUGCUCCGCCACCUUAUCGUGCUAGUGUUUGUGCUUGCCGCGCUGAUGUGUGCGUACGCUCAAACAACAGUAGCCCCAUCAGCAACCAGGGCACCGGUCUGCAGAAAAGGUGAAGUGUACAGGAAAUGUGGCAACGGUUGCACGGAACCACGGUGCGCUCGUAGACGACCAUUUUGCAAACCUAUGUGCACUGCCGGGUGUUUCUGCGCACCUGGUUACGCUCGUAAUGCUAGAAAUGUCUGUAUACCGCUUAACAUGUGUGUGUAUACUAAUUUUGACAGUUAAGGAGUUUGGCUGUGCCCGAAAUAAAGUGAGAUUAUUUAAACACUA